CUGGUGGAAGGGGAAGGGAGUCAGUUGGUUGGAGCAAUGGAGUUGGAGUGUUGGAACUGGUUGGAGCGUUGGAGCUGUGCUCGCAGCGUCAGGUAACCGUUCUGUCUUUCGUGUGUAUCGAAGAAUGUUUUAUGAAAUUGUAAAAUUAUCACCGCGAUGUCUGUGAAAAACUGUAAAGACAAUAAAAAAUCAAAGAGUACGAGGAAAGGUUAUGCUACGUCAGUGAAAUGGAGUCCAAACAAAGUUCUUUUACAAGUAUUCAUUCUCGUCACAUGUCUCAAGAUACUUUUGAUUCCAAUAUAUUAUUCUACAGAUUUCGAGGUACACCGCAACUGGUUAGCCAUAACACAUAGUUUACCGAUUCAAGAAUGGUACAUUAAUACUAAGUCCGAAUGGACUCUAGAUUAUCCGCCAUUGUUCGCAUGGUUCGAAUACCUUCUGAGCCAUUUAGCAAAGCUGGUUGAUACCGAGAUGCUCGAAGUGGAUAAUUUGAACUACGCAUCCUCUGGUACUGUUUUCUUCCAAAGAGGUUCGGUUAUACUCCUGGAUAUACUGUUUGCUUGUGGAGUAAGAGAAAUUGGAAAAGUGUUUUGUAACUCCUCCGAUAGCUAUACAAUUUUUGUAAUUCUAUCAUUAUGCAAUAUGGGAUUGCUGGUAGUGGAUCAUAUACACUUCCAAUAUAAUGGAUUUCUACUUGGCAUUUUAUUAUUAGCCAUUGCAAAUGUAUCCAGGAAAAAUAAUCAGAUUUCAAUGCUGCAAGGAACUCUAUGGUUUGCUUUGUUAUUAAAUUUAAAACACAUCUAUUUAUAUGUAGCACCAGCUUUUGCUGUCUGGUUGUUAAAAUCCUACUGUGUGAACAGUAAUUGUUUCUUGAAACGUUUAUGCGAACUGGCAAGCAUAGUUUUUGCAACUUUACUGAUUUCAUUUGGCCCAUUUAUAUCUCAAUUAUCACAGGUGUUAUUGAGGUUGUUCCCAUUUAAAAGGGGUCUUGUACACGCGUAUUGGGCUGCGAAUGUAUGGGCACUGUACAUAGGGUUGGAUAAAGCAGUGGCAACUACUUUGAAACUGUUAGGUUGGAUAAAAGCUACGAAGACAGCUGUGAUGACUGGUGGCUUGGUACAGGAACAGUCGUUAAUUGUAUUACCAACGCCGACUCCAGUUGUAACAUUAUUACUAACACUUAUCUCGAUAUUGCCUACACUGUACUGCUUGUUUUUCAAAGAAGAUUGUGACAAAAAUCCGAAGCAAUUUAUAAGAUGCCUGGUGCUUUGUGCUUUGUCUUCGUUCAUGUUUGGCUGGCACGUACACGAGAAAGCUAUUUUAACUGCUAUUGUGCCACUCUGUGUUUUGGCUGUAAUUGACAAAGACGAUGCUAGAAUAUUUUUAAUUCUAAGCAGCGCUGGACACACCGCACUUCUGCCGUUACUUCAUCCAAACAACUUAACACCGUUAAAAAUAUUAAUGCUCUUAACGUCUAUGGUCGUUUCGCUCUUAGCUAUUUCGCGAAAGUUCAAGCAACACUUGCUACGCUAUCACGAAACUAUCUAUGUUAUUAGUCUACCAUUUUUAACAGUAUACGAAACUGUACUGCACAAACUAAUAUUUCACAAUAAAUUGCCAUUCCUGCCUCAGGCAAUCACCUCCACAUAUUGUGCAGUAGGUAUCGGUUACUCUUGGCUGUUAUAUUAUUACAUGUUCCUGCGCUACAACGAGAACAUUGAGGGUCAAAAAGAGAAGAAAGAAUAACAACGUUUAUUCAUUCCAUAUUUAAAAUAGUGUACGAGAAGAUAAAUAUCUUUAUAUUUUAAUGUUA